AUGUCAACGGAACCAGAACACAUUGCUCUUGCACCAAAGCAUUUCAAGCAAGAUAAGGAUUUUGCGGAUGCUUUGCAUGGCAAGGAUGCAGCAGAGACAGGAGGUCUUUCGGCAUUGGCCCACAAGAAUAAGAAGGCCGAUAAGGAGGCACUAGAUGGAUAUUUCAAGCACUGGAACGGGAAGACAGACAAGGAGGCAGAAAAGGAGAGAUUGGAAGAUUACUCGAGUUUGACCAAGCAUUACUACAACUUGGUCACUGACUUCUACGAAUACGGUUGGGGAUCCUCCUUCCACUUUAGCACUUUCUACAAGGGAGAGCCUUUUGGUCAAUCGAUAGCCCGUCAUGAGCACUACUUGGCUUUGAAGAUGGGUCUCAAUGAGAACAUGAAAGUCUUGGAUGUUGGAUGUGGUGUUGGAGGCCCAGCCAGAGAAAUCUGCCGUUUUACCGGUUGCAAGAUUGUUGGUCUCAAUAACAACGACUACCAGGUGGAAAGAGCCAACCACUACUCUAAGGUUUACGGAAUGGAGGACAAGCUUCAAUUCGUCAAGGGAGAUUUCAUGCAGAUGGACUUUGAGCCGGAAACCUUUGAUGCUGCUUACGCAAUCGAGGCAACCGUUCAUGCUCCUGUUUUAGAAGGUGUUUACGGUGAAAUCUACAAGAGUUUGAAACCUGGUGGAGUUUUCGGUGUUUACGAGUGGGUCAUGACUGACAAUUACGACGAGAAAAACCCAGAGCACAGGAAAAUUGCUUAUGGUAUCGAGAAAGGUGAUGGUAUUCCAAAAAUGUACAAGAGAGAAGUUGCAGAGAAGGCCUUGAAGAAGGUUGGAUUCGAGAUUACAUACCAGCGCGAUGUUGCCGAGAACAACAACCAGAUCCCAUGGUAUUAUCCUUUGACUGGAGAGUGGAAGUAUGUCCAGAGCGUCAAGGAUCUAUUGACAUUCUUCAGGACCUCGUAUCUUGGAAGAAAGAUCACUUCCGGUAUGGUUGGAAUGAUGGAGAGCUUUGGAAUUGCACCAAAGGACUCGACAAAGGUUACUGAUGCCUUGGAAGAUGCUGCCGUGUACUUGGUGGAAGGAGGUAGAAAGAAAUUGUUCACCCCAAUGAUGCUCUAUAUCUGCAAGAAGCCAGAGAACUCCAAUUAA